GUCAUAGGCUUUAAUAAUGUCAAACGAUCUUUAUUUAAAUUUGUUUUUCAAAAUAUUUCUGGAAAGCUAGAAAUAGAACACCUUUGGAUGCCAGAUCUAGGAGGAAUCUGAGAACCUUCCAGUCUUGUCUCACAGCUGAGGUGUGAGGUUUCGGGGGUGAUCUUCACGGAGGCCCUUGGAGAGGCCACACUUCCAGGUCGCCCAGGUGCUGAAAGGGCACGUGGUGCUCUGGGGAACAGGAAUGGCACUGCCCCUGUGGAGGGAGGUGGGGAGGAAGUGUGUGGUCUCUGUGAGAAUCUGUGGUUCACAAGGUGGCCUGUGUUUACCCUGGGGUGGGGGUGGGGGUGGGGUUUUUGCCUUCAACACAGCCUCCAGCUUGUGCUAAAACCAGAACCUGGAACAGAAAGUGCUCGGAACCUUCCCUGCUGUUUCCAUGGUGCCCACAACAACCCUAGGAAACCAAAGAUAAGAGCCCCACCAAAGCACCUUGGUCCACAAGGAAAAAAGGUGAUCAUCUUUUCCCCACUGUGUAAUCUCCACUAUUAUUUGUGAAAAUGUUGAAUGCGCCCAAGACUCGGCUGGAGCGCCGGAUUGUUGGCUCAACGAACCGGUGGCGUUUCCCCAAAGAGCCUUUUUCAGGGGACCUGCUGGCACUUUCCCAGAUGUGCAAGGCUUUGAGCAUAGACCUCGACGACGCUCUGAAACAUCCAGACAGGUUAUGCAUUUCAAAAAUUCAGAAGCUUUUCUCUGAGAAUUUCAACAACCAGGCCACCCAAAGUUGGGAACCAGAUGUGAUUCUUGAAUGCCUAGGCUCCAAGUGGGAACUCCAUCAACCCCAGCUUUUUCAAUCUGAGACCUUGGCCAAACUUUACCUGGCAGCCCUGAUACAGAGCACAAAUCGCUCCCUGGGAGAAAUGAACAAGACUCUGCAAGUUCACUCACCUGGGAAGACCAAAGAAAAAUCCCCCUUCAAGAAGAUGAUUGUUUCUUUGAGGAUCAAUGAUCCAUCUGUCACCAGAGUUGCCUUCGCUACGGCCCUGAGGAGCCUCUACAUAAGCGAAGCAGAGAUAAACACGGACGACGCAGUGGCGGUGCUGGCUUCAGCUAACAUCCUCCAGUUCAGCAGCCUGUUUCAAAAGUGUGUGGACAUGAUGAUAAAAGCACUCACAUCAAGCACCAUCAAGAGCUUCUACCUGGCUGGCUGCAGGUACAAAGAAGAGCGGCUCACCAAGGCCUGUGAGAAGUGGCUGGAAAUGAACUUGGUCCCUCUGCUGGGGACACAGCUCCACCUCCGCUAUAUCCCACAGGAUCUGCUCCACAAGGUGCUGAAGUCCCCCAGGUUGUUUACAUUUAGUGAGUUCCAUCUUCUGAAAACCUUACUCUUGUGGGUCUACUUGCAACUGAACAGAAAUAUCCAGGUGAUUCCAGUCAAUGAGACUGUGCUGACCUAUUUCAACAGCUUUUCCAAGGAGUGUUGCUUUCUGGACCGGGAUAUAGGACACUGCUGGAUUCCUCUCUUCCUUUGCUUACGUCUGCACAACAUCACCAGUGUCAAGGAUCUGGAGAAAUUAAGGAACAUUAACUUCUUCCCCACGUCCUGGCUCAUCCGGGUCACAGCCAACCAUUACCAUUCGCUGGAGAAUGGAGGAGACAUGAUCCGCCUGAAAGAUCUACUCACCCAGGGAGUGAGGUUUGGGCUGCUCUUUAACAAGGAAUAUACCACUCAUUCAAAGAUGGUUUCUAUAUAUGGGUUCUUCUUUGAGUUAAAAGGAACCAAACAUGACACUACCUCUUACAGUUUUUACAUGCAGAGAAUAAGACACACAGACUUGGAGUCUCCCUCUGCAAUCUGUGAGCGCAGCACUGUCAGCCUGAGAGCAGAGCGCCUGGUGAAGUACGAGAUCAGAGCCCAUGCCCUGGUGAAUGGUAGGUGGCAGGAGUUCAGUACCAACCAGAUCACACAGAAGUUUGGGUUCGUCAAGCCACACUGCAAAAGCCAUGUCUUGAAAGUCCAAAGUGUGGGCGUUCCAAUCUAUGCAAGCUUUGUAAUUAUCUUCCCAGUAUCCUGACAGUUUUCAGAAGAAUCUAUGGGAUGUUCUCCUACCAAUCUGCAUAAAAGGAAAUAAAAUGACAUCAAAAGAAGAACUGCACGGUUACUGUACUAGUUAACAAUGGUCUUAUUAGAAAUUUUGUCCACAUUUUGUCUCGCUUGAAGAGGGAAGGUGCCACAGCCACGAGUCCACUGGCCAUCCUUGACCCCAAAGCACCCUGAGCCCAGCCCCUCGGGAGGUUGUAGGUGACAACACCUGCAAAUCAACAGGCUCCAUCUGGGAGCUUCAGUAUUUCCCUUCUGCUACAGCUGCACCUGGUACACAGAACCACACCCCCAGCUAUUGCCCCUGGCAGCUGUGACAGCCAGAACAAGAGGUAAGAAGGGAAGGAAGCAACUGUAAGGCACAGAGUGACUUAUUUUAUCUAUCAUCCCACUUAGGCACUGGACACACACACAGUGCUCAACCUCCCAGAGGCAGGGCUAUUUCUAUGUCUGCCCCUGGGAGAGUGAGGUGUGUGUGUUCAUACAAGGCUUUUUGCAGUGUCCUAGCUGUGGACCUGUCGGUUUCCAUUCCCCACAUGGCCCACUGGAAAGAGGUGGGAUCUCACCUGUCAUCUGUGCAAACGACAUGUGAGUCAUGGCUCUGCUACAGGCCAGCUGCCUGUGCUGGUCUUGGGACAUCUCACUGGAUUCUGACCGGGGAAGUGGGAAGCUGUGAGCGUGGUCUCGCUGAGGAGGUGGCCUGGAAGAGAGCCUGGAAACAUAAGCAGUGUCCUUGGGGAGGAGGAGUGGGAAAUGGACACAAAGUGAGGGCCACACAGCUGAGAGAAAGUUGUUUCCAGCCGCAGGGCUCCUGGACUGAAUGUGCAUCAGAAUCAACCUGGAGUUCAUGCAAAUGCAGGCCCUGGGCCAAGCCCACAGAGACUGAGUGUGCAGUCUGAGAAACACACAGGAGUGUGCACUUUACCUGGCUUCCCAAGGGAUCCUGAUGCAGAAAGUCUGGGGCUCACACCCAGAAAGGACCCUGAUGUGAAAACGGAUUCCACAGCAGGGCUUCUGUCUGUGCCACACACAUCCAGUCACUGUUCUCACCCAGUGCCGAAAACUCAGCCACAAACCUGUGAGUCUAUUUCACCACAGCUGAAAUAGCUGAUUGAGAACAACAAUAGCAACAAGAAAAAGAAAAAGAAAUUUCCUAGACUGUUGAAUAAACAAAACCUCAAAUAAUGAGUCAUCUUCUGCAGUCCUGUGACUGCACAAGGCCUACUUGAGGCUGAGAGGCCACGUGGAGGAGAACCAAGUACCCCAGCCCAACCCCUGCUCCAUCUGCCAGAUGUGUGAACCAGACCAUCUGGAACUUCCAUCGCAGGCUCCGCCCAUGAAAUACGCCCUCUGAAGUGAUUUCCAAGAAACCCCAAGACCGACUUCUGCCAAUGCUCAGAUUUGCCCAGUCAUUUCCUGCCAGCCUAACCACUGCCGCCAUUGGUGAAGAAGGCCCUCCCCCUGAUGCAUGUAAUUCAGACGUGAGUGAAAGCAAAAGUGGCUUCAGCGUUUAUUUCACAUCUCAGAAUCUCUUGGUUUCUCAGCCUCCCAGAGACAUUUUUCCCUAACCCAUUUCUCAUCCAACCAAAGGGGCCUGAUUGCUCUUGGGCUCUGUGGGGGAGAGGGAAGCUCACAGUGCAUCAUCAUGAAUAGCAGCCAGAAGCUAGGCUUGGGAAUUUGGAUGUGAAGGCAGCUGGGAGGAGGGCCUGUCAUGAGUGUACCAGAAAGGGCCCAGAGAGGCUGAGCACAGUGAUUAACUUUUCUUUAAUCUCUGCCUCCCUGAACAGCGCAGCAAUUGCCUGCUUCCCCCAACAAGCUCGGCAUGAGUCACUUGAUGUCUUACUAGAGGCGGGGUAUGUUUUAUUUUAGGCAGGUGCAAGUGC